AUGCCCAGGGAGCCGGCGCUGAGCCUGGCGCUGGGGGGUCCAGCAGGCACUGGGGUGCGGGGCAAGCUGCGAUUUUGGAUCCUGACAGCUACCUGGGGUGCACGGGAGAAGCACGUCAUGACCCGCACGGCCAAAGUCGCAUUUGGGAUCACUACUCAGCACCACAUCACCAACACCAACACCGACGACCGCCGUUCUAGGAGAACGAUAAAAGGAAGAAGAAUUGGGGAGCCGCAGCCUAGGACAGCACCAGGGAGCUGCCGCUUCUACAGAGAGUAUGAAGCGCGUCUGGAGCGGUACAGCGAGCGGAUAUGGACGUGCAAGAGCACGGGAAGCAGCCAGCUGACGCACAAGGAGGCUUGGGAGGAGGAGCAGGAAGUUGCUGAGCUCUUGAAGGAGGAGUUCCCCAUCUGGUAUGAGAAACUGGUACUGGAAAUAGUCCACCACAACACUGUGUCUUUGGAAAAGUUGGUGGAUGCAGCUUGGCUGGAGAUCAUGACCAAAUUUGCAGUGGGAGAAGAGUGUGACUUUGAGGUUGGUAAGGAGAAAAUGUUGCCUGUGAAAGUUGUGAAAAUACAUCCCCUGGAGAAAGCUGAUGAAGAGGCCUCGGAAAAGAAGUCUGAUGGAGCCUGUGAUUCACCGUCCAGUGACAAGGAGAACUCCAGCCAGGCAGCCCAGGACAACCAGAAGGAAGCUGUCCUGAAGGAGGAUGACAACAGAAGGGAGAGUAUGAACGAUCGAGCACGUAGGUCUCCUCGGAAGCUUCCCACUUCGUUGAAGAAGGAGGAAAGGAAGUGGGUUCCACCUAAAUUCCUGCCACACAAAUACGACGUCAAGCUGAAAAAUGAAGAUAAGAUCAUCAGCAACGUACCAGCAGAUAGCUUAGUCCGUACAGAGCGUCCUCCCAACAAGGAGAUCCUGAGGUACUUCAUCCGUCACUACGCACUGCGGGCCGGCACGUGUGAGAAUGCCCCAUGGGUAGUGGAGGAUGAGUUAGUGAAGAAAUACUCCCUCCCGAGUAAAUUUAGUGACUUCUUGCUUGACCCACAUAAGUAUAUGACUCUCAACCCCUCAACCAAGAGGAAGAGCUGUCGGUCACCUGACAGAAAACCUUCUAAGAAAUCCAAAGUUGAUGGUGCAUCCCUGGGCCAGCCACUGAGCCCUACUCUGUGGUGCCACGUGCAUUUGGAGAAGUCUAUCAUUGGCUCCCCACUGAAGGUGAAAAACUCUAAGAAUUCCAAAUGUCCUAAAGAGGAGCUGGAAGAGGUGAUGAAAAUCAUGUCACCUGCUAAACUCGGUUCUAGCUUUCACAUUCCAAAGGGGAGCCGACUGGGGAAAGGCAGCAACAAAUCCUUGGACAAAAAGCAAAGAGGCAAAAGGGUUCUGAACGGGCAGAAGUCAACGGGGAAAUCAAAGUCUCCUAGGAAGGGCCUGAAGACCCCUAAGAUGAAAAUGAAACAAAUGACACUACUGGACAUGGCUAAAGGCACCACUAAGGUGUCCAGGGCUCCCAGGAACUCUGGAGGCACCCCUAGGUCUUCCAGCAAACCCCAGAAGCAUCUGCCUCCUGCAGCACUCCAUCUCAUUGCCUAUUACAAAGAAAACAAAGACCGGGAAGACAAAAAAAGUGCUCUUUCCUGCAUCAUCUCCAAAACAGCUCGGUUACUCUCAAACGAGGAUCGUGCUCGUCUCCCUGAGGAUUUGCGAGGGUUAGUACAGAAGCGCUAUGAGCUUUUAGAGCACAGGAAGAAAUGGGCCACCAUGACAGAGGAGCAGCGAAAGGAGUACAUGAAGAAGAAAAGGGAGAAGCUGAAAGAGAAACUGAAGGAGAGAGCAAAGGAAAGGAAGGAGAAGGAGAUGAAGGAAAAACUGGAAAAACAGAAAAGAUUCGAGGACCAGGAUCUUAAAGGGAAGACUUUGCCAGCUUUUAAACUGGUUGAUACUCCAGAAGGCCUUCCUAACACACUCUUUGGGGACGUGGCCAUGGUGGUGGAGUUCCUGAGCUGUUACUCAGGGUUACUGAUGCCAGAUGCUCAAUAUCCCAUUACGGCGGUUUCCCUGAUGGAAGCACUUUGUGCAGAAAAGGGAGGCUUCCUUUAUUUGAACCGAGUACUGGUGAUUCUUUUGCAGACCCUGCUGCAGGAUGAAAUUGCUGAAGAUUACGCUGAGCUGGGCAUGAAGCUUUCUGAAAUACCGCUUACUUUGCAUUCUGCUUCUGAGUUGGUUCGCCUGUGCCUACGCAAGUCAGAUGUGCAAGAGGAAAGUGAGGUCUCGGAUAACGUAGAUGAGAGCAAGGAUUCGGCAGCUUUUGAGGAUAAUGAAGUACAGGAUGAGUUUUUGGAGAAACUGGAGACGUCGGAGUUCUUUGAGUUGACUCCUGAAGAGAAACUGCGGAUACUUGGAGCGCUGUGCCACCGGAUCCUAAUGACGUACUCGGUGCAGGACCACGUGGAGGCCAAGCAGCAGACGUCAGCUGAGCUGUGGAAGGAGCGCCUGGCUAUCCUGAAGGAAGAAAACGACAAGAAGAGAGCAGAAAAACAGAAGCGAAAAGAAAUGGUGGCUAAGAACAAGGAGAACGGGAAAGAUGAAAAUAUGAUGGGAAGAAAUGAAAAGAAGAAAAAUGAGAUGAUGAAAAUAGAGCACCGGGUAGAAAUCGAAGCUGAUAUGAUCAGCGCUGUGAAGAGCAGGCGCCUUCUCGCCAUCCAAGCCAAGAAAGAGAGGGAGCAACAAGAAAUACAAAUGAGAGUGAGAAUGGAGAAAGAAGCAGAGGAAGAAAGAAUCCGGAGGCACAAAGCUGCAGCUGAGAAAACUUUCCAGGAUGGAAUUGCGAAAGCGAAGCUGGUGAUGCGCAGGACCCCGGUUGGCACCGAUCGUAAUCAUAACAGGUAUUGGCUGUUUUCAGAUGAGGUUCCUGGCUUGUUCAUUGAGAAAGGCUGGGUACAUGACAGUAUAGACUACAAAUUCGUCCUUCCCCAUCAGAAAAAGGAAGACUUUAAAAAAGACUACAGCCCAGGAGACAAGCGGAGGAGCACAGCCACCGAGGGCAGAGCGAGCAAGCUCCACCGGUCUGUGCACGCUGCGGACCUGCCUGCAGAGACCACUGCGCCCAAGCAGGGACAGAACUUGUGGUUUCUCUGUGACAGCCAGAAGGAUCUGGAUGAGCUGCUGGAUUGCCUGCACCCACAGGGAGCAAGAGAGAGCCAGCUAAAGGAGCGUCUGGAGAAGAGGUAUCAGGACAUCACACAUUCUAUCCAUUUGGCUCGGAAACAGAACUUGGGCCUCAAAUCCUGUGAUGGCAACCAGGAACUGCUGAACCACCUCCGGAGUGAUCUAAUUGAGGUUGCAACUCGGCUGCAGAAAGGAGGCCUGGGAUAUGUUGAUGUGACACCAGAGUAUGAAGCAAGAGUGUGCUCACUAGAGAGCUUGAAGGAUUUUGGAGAGUGUGUGAUUGCACUCCAGGCUGGUGUCGUUAAGAAGUUUCUGCAAGGUUUCAUGGCCCCCAAGCAGAAGAGAAGGAAACAUCAAGGAGAAGAUUACGUUGCCAAGGCUGAGGAGAUAGAUGAAGACAAGAAGAUGGCAGAAGAAGCGAAGGUUGCUUCAGCCAUGGAGAAGUGGAAGACAGCAAUCCGUGAGGCCCAGACCUUCUCCCGUAUGCACGUGCUGCUCGGGAUGCUGGAUGCCUGUAUCAAGUGGGAUAUGUCGGCAGAGAAUGCCAGAUGCAAAGUGUGUCGCAAGAAAGGUGAGGAUGACAAGCUGAUCCUGUGCGACGAGUGUAACAAAGCCUUCCACCUGUUCUGCCUGAGGCCGGCGCUCUAUGAGAUACCGGAGGGCGAGUGGCAGUGCCCAGCGUGUCAGCCGUCCACGGCCAGGCGCAGCUCGCGGGGCAGGAACUAUGCAGAGGAUUCUGCUGAAGAUGAAGGUGAAGAAGGCGAGGAAGCUUCUGAUGAACCAGAUGCUGAGGAGGAAGAGGAGGAGGAAGAAGAUUAUGAAGUUGCUGGGCUGAAAUCAGGCAGCCGUCCCGCUGCCCCGGCACGCGCUCCUCCCGGGCCUCCUGCUCUGCGCCGCGGGCGGCCGCUGCAGAACUGUUCGCUGAGCGCGAAAGCGCGUCGCGGUCCCCUCCCGUUAACAGCAUCUCUGUGUGGGCAGGUCCUGCAAACGAGGCGGACGGCGCGUCGCCAGAACCUCGAGCUGCAGAAGUGUGAGGAAAUCCUCAGCAAGCUGAUCAAGUACCGCUUCAGCUGGCCCUUCAGGGAGCCGGUGACCACGGAGGAGGCCGAAGAUUACUUCGAGGUCAUCAGCAGCCCUAUGGACUUCCAGACUAUGCAGAGCAAGUGCUCCUGUGGCAGCUACCGCUCGGUGCAGGAGUUCCUCUCUGACAUCAAGCAGGUAUUCGCCAACGCCGAGCACUACAACCAGAACAAGAGUCACGUCCUGUCGUGCCUGGAGAAGACGGAACAGUGUUUGAUCGACAUGGUGCACAAGCACCUGCCCGGCCACACGUAUGCACGCAGGAGACGCAGGAAGCUCUCUGCCAGGUGCCAGGGACUGGAGGAGCAGGAAGGGGACAGCGAGUCAGAGCCCCUUGAACAUUCCCGGGGACGGAAGAGGAAGAAAUGAGGGAUGGGGAGACCAGGGGGAGAGCCAGAGCUGGAGCGGGCCUUCUGGUGCUGCCGGGCAGCAGGAUGGGUUGUCCGGAGGGAGCUGGGAAGCAGCAAGCACUUCUCCAUUAAUCCAGCCUUCCCUUUGGCCUGUCCUGGUUUUAAUUUUUCUGCAAUUUCCUCGAGUAUUUGGUCAUCCAUUGAACGAGCAGAGAUGACG